AUGGCUGCUUCCAACUCGACCCUCCACUCACCCACCACUCCCAACACCACCUUCGUCCAAGCCAACCCUUCCAACUUCCGCGCCGUCGUCCAGAAGCUCACCGGCGCCUCCGAUGACCCCUCCGCCCAUAAACUCCCCCUCACUCUCCCCACGCGCCUCGCGGCAGCGCAGUCCCACCGCCUCGCCUCCGCCGGCGAGGUGAUCGGCCCCAAGAAGCCGAACUUCAAGCUCCACGAGCGCCGCAACGCCGCCGCCAAGAGGCUGGAGCUCCCCAUCGACACAGCCAUGAGCAUGAUGAUGAUGAGCGUCUCGCCCACGUCUUCGCUGGUUCGAAGCAGAACAACGACGACAACGUUGGUAGCUUCGCCGGUUUCUCCACUGGAGUUGUUUCUGGCGCGUGCUAGCCCACGCACGCCGCACGAGGAGGAAGAAGAGAGAGCGAUAGCGGAGAAAGGGUUCUACUUGCACCCUUCCCCUCGAGCUUCUCAACCUCCUGAGCUUUUGCCACUCUUCCCUUUGCAUUCUCCCACUCACAACCACAACCACAAUCACACCACCAAUUCACCAUCAAUUCCUAAUUAA